AUGCAUCUUCUCCGAAAGGUGACAACUGGGGCGGAGAAGAUGGCCAAGACGGCAACCUCCAAAAGCCAGAAGUACACCUUCCAGAACAUGCUCGAGAUGCAGGUUCGGGUACUGCUGGAAGAGGAUGCAGAAGGCAUGCUACAGGCUGCGAAGCAGGACCUCGAUACUGGCAUCCCGGUGGUGGGGAAGCGCAGGGAAGAGCAUGCAAGGAAGAUCCGGGAACAGUACAAGCUGAUCGUCGAUACUACUCGACCUUUCACUGAGUUUACAGUACUCCCUGAGCAGUUCAGAACUGUUAACAUGCGAUCUCCCAUGGUCCUCCUCACUGUAGGGAUCUGUUUGCCCGAUGGCGUGCUGAGCAUUGUCAUGGUCAAGCAGAAGCUGACGCCGUCGGAAUUGGCCUUCACCAUCAAUGCAGGCUACCUCCGCACACCAUCAGCGAAGAAAGUCCGUGCGGAUAGCCUGGAGGAGGCGGUUCUCUCCUUCGGACUGCCAGUUGGUUUUCUGCGCGAAGCGCUUCUGGAGGACGUCGCGCGGAGCGAAGAAUCAGGUGCACUUGGUCGGACGCCUGGCGCCACCCCGCGGGGUGGGGCAACCCCCCGACCAUCUGUGCCAGAGGUGCAGCCGCAGCGACAGCCUCCGAAGCCUGGAAUGGGUGCCGAUCGGGUUCCCAGCGCAGCGGACCAGGAAUGGGAAGCGUUCAUGCAGCAGGCACAGCCGCAGCGACUGCCUCCGAAGCCUGGAAUGGGUGUGGAUCGGGCUCCCAGUGCGGCGGACCAGGAAUGGGAAGCGUUGAUGCAGCAGGGGUCCCACCGGCCAGCUCGCGGACCAGCAUGGAAUCCGGGUAGGGCGUCCAGCUCUGCCGAUCAAGAGUGGGAAGCAAUGCUGCAAGAGGCGCAGUCUUCUCGGCCAGCGCACACACCGACUGUUGCGGAAAUGGAAUGGCAAGCACCAUGCCAGGCGCCAUGCCGGACUGGGCAGAACGAGUGGGAUGCGUUCCUCCAGCAAGAGCUGCAGAAACAACGAUCUUCCAGGAUGCCAGAGGCAGAGACCCCGCAGGUCAUGCACACACCCUGUGCUGCACUUGGCUCUGGAACCUCGACCCCGUCGCAGCCGCCGCGGCCACGCUCGGCACACACAUCCUUUGCAAGACAGCCGCCACCGUGGCAGCACGGUGUCAACAUGGCAGAGACCCAGGCGAGGCAAGCCGGCACCUACGCAGCCCAGGGCCAUCCAAGCCAUGGCGCUGGUCAUCCGGCAGACCCAAGGCAGCCACGUUCGCUGCCCGCACGCCCAGCUGGCUCCAAGGAGCAUCCCUGGGCAAGUCACUCCUUUCCCUCGGAGCCUCCUCCGCUGCCUCCUCCGGCCCGCGCGCCUGCACAGGCAGCCGCAGCCCAAGCCCCUCCUACAGGUACCUGGCCCUGUGGGACGAUGCCAUGCGAGGAGACGGAGGGCUGGCCGGGCAGCUCGAUGCGGAAGGAUCACGCAGCGGGCAUGACGAGACCGGCAGCCCCCGCUGCAGAUGCCAUGCCAGGAGGUAUCGUGCCACGCGGAUUCAUCCCGGUAGAGGGCCAGGUGGAGUUCUUCUCGCAGCCGCUGCGCCGCUAUGUGCCAGCUUUGCUAGUGGGCCUUGCGGUGGAAGCGACAAGUGCCGGGCCGCCGGGCUCCCUCUGCGUCGUUCCGUCGGGCUGCGCUCAGCUGCUGUUCAGCAUAGUCAAGUCACGAAGAAGCCGGUUUUCGUAA